AUGGCUACUGGAGUAGCUAAAAUGUUGAUGUUUCAGUGUGUCAUGCAUGGAAUUUUGUCAUUGUUUGACAUGGAUAUUGAGAGGAGACCUUAUCACAGAUACUGCAGCUGUGCAUCGCACAAGAAGAAGGAAGCAUGCUCAAAUAAUACCUGUACUCGCAGUAGGAAUUUGCCUUCUCCUCAAAGGAAAACAUGGAACGAUGCUAUGUCCUUGUCAGUAACAGCGGCUUACCAAUUGUUUUCUCCAUCCUCUUCUUGUAGUAAUUCAUCAGUGAUCAGUAGUACUAUAGAUGACUCGAGUGCGGGUCUAGCAAGUAGAUCGUAG